AUAUCUUUUCUACAUAACCUCUCAUACGGCUGAAACAUGGACGUAGACACAGCGAGUGACAAUACGUCUAUCGACGAUAAAAUAGACGACUUUUGCGAGAAUCCAACACGAGAUGCGUUAACGGAGGGUCUUAUGAGCCUCCUGAAGCCCACGGUGGACCAACUGGACGAGAGAAUUCGUGCUACAAGGAUAUGUCAAAUAGAACUGAAGCAGCGGAUUGAAUCGUUAACUGAGGAACUCCAAAGGAUCAAUGAAGCACUGCAGUAUCCAUUAGAUACAGAUUCUUAUGUAAAGAAACUUGUUAAUGCUAAGCAUAAAAUCACUAUCGUUAGUAAUAUCUUGCAAACUACUCAAGAACGAUUGAACAAGGUGCAUGAAGCUGUCGAGAAAAGCACUGCCAAAAGAAAGACAUUGUUAGAUAAUAGUUCUGCUUACAGCAGCAUUACUAUCGAGCCUGAUAAAGAAGAACCAAUCCGAGCAGAAGCUGAUAAGCAGCAGCAAUAAUUUUCGUUGUCGUUAAUUAUAAGAUUAAUGUGAUAUUAUUUCCAAAUUGUUACUUGAAAAAUACCACUUUGCAAGUUUUAUAUGUGAAAACUUUA